GAAAAUUUCACCCACUCGACACUCUCAAGUCUCAUGCUGUGACUUGGACACUCACAGUGCCAGCACCUUGCAUAGACGACAGACACUGCAGGCCAUCAUGUCUGACGAGAUGAAUGUCGAUCUUAAGCGUCCGUCCGAAGUGGAUGGCGCCGCUGGCCAGGCCAACGGUCAUGAUGAUUCGGGCACGACCGCCCCGGCAGCAAAGCGGGUAAAGGUCGACAACAACAAUGACAAUGCAGAGAAUGCGCCCAAAGAGAUCGAUGCCAGAGACGACAGGGACCGGGGCAUGGCCAAGAUCAAACCCGAAUUCCUGCUGGCAUCUGCUGCGUCCAAGGCGCAAGUCGACGAUGAUGCUGCUGAAGCCUCUGGUGCAAUUGACCACGCCGACGGCAAGGUUGAUGCGCGCGACGGUGGCGGCAAGAAGAAGAAGAAGAAGCAGGGCGGCCAAAACCAUAACCGGUCCUACGGACAGUUUGACGAUGAACUGAGGCUUUGCAACAGCCGCACAUACUCCAACGAGUUCUCCCCGAAGCCUUGCCGCUAUGGCGACCGCUGCAACAUGUGCCACGACCUCCGCAAGUAUUUCUCAGAGGGCCGCCGUGGCGACCUGACGACCCUCGGUGGUAAAUGCCCAAUGUUUGCACAGUAUCAGCGGUGUCCUGCGGGCUGGAAGUGCCGUUUCAUCAAGAGCCACUCUGAAGAGGUGGAGCGCGAGGACGGCCGUAAGGAACUUGUCCUGCUGGGAGCACCGGACGCAGACGAUGAGGAGCCGGACCGCAAACCGGGGGUGGUCAACGUUGUGCAUGCCGAUGUCAAGUACAACCUCUCGCGGAGGAAGGCAGACUUGUCCAAGUCCGAACGGUACACAAAGUGGGUGGAAAAGGAGACGGAUCUGAUGAGGAAGAUCUACAACCGCAAGAAGCCCGAUUGCGACGAGAGCGAAGACACGGAGCUGCAUGAGCUCCGAGCUCAGUUUGUUGAGCCACCUUUCAAGGCUUCAGAGAAGCGCAAGAUCUAUUUCGGCCGUGAGACACCAACCCUCGCGCCGCUCACCACACAGGGCAACCUUCCGUUCAGGAGGCUUUGCGUGGAGCUUGGAGCGCAGGUCACCUACUCCGAGAUGGCCUUGGGCAUGCCUGUCGUUCAGGGUGGAAAGGGAGAAUGGGCACUCAUGAAGGCCCACGAAUCCGAGAUUUCUUCUCCUCGAUACAGCCCGAGCCCGGAUGACAUUGUGCAGGGCUACGACAACAGCAAGGACAUUAAAUUCGGCGCUCAGAUCACAGGAAACCAGCCUUGGGUCGUCAUGAAGGCCACCGAAGCCCUGACUAACCAUCUUCCGCACCUGCGAGUUGUAGAUCUCAACUGUGGCUGUCCCAUCGAUCUCGUCUUUCAACAGGGCGCGGGCUCUGGCUUGCUCGAUGCACCACCAAAGCUGGAGAAGAUGAUUAGAGGCAUGAACGCCGUGUCUGGGGAGGUGCCCAUCACGGCCAAACUGCGCAUGGGCGUUCGGGAUGGCAAACCGAAUGCGACGAAGCUGAUCGAGAGGCUUGCCUUUGGCAGCCCCGAUUUCCGCGAGCGGUUGGGAGCGCCGGGCUGUGCUGCCGUCACCCUGCAUGGACGUAGCCGGCAGCAGCGGUACACGAAGAGCGCAAACUGGACGUAUAUUGCCGAGUGCGCUGCGCUCAUCAAGUCGUACAACCAGCAGAGAGACGAGCUCACCGACACCAUUCGUGAAGCAGAUGCGAGCACCCAAGCAAACACCACCGGUGGCAAGAUGUACUUUCUCGGCAAUGGAGACUGCUAUUCGCACAUAGACUACUUCGACCAUGUGGAUAACGCCAAGGUCGACACGGUCAUGAUUGCGCGAGGCGCGAUGAUCAAGCCUUGGAUCUUUGAGGAGAUCGAGAAGGGCCAAUACCUCGACAAGUCGGCCACGGAGCGGCUUGCCUAUGUCGAGAAGUUUGUGCGCUACGGCCUUGAGGCCUGGGGCUCGGAUGAACUGGGGCUUGGCUUUACCAGACGCUUCCUGCUAGAGUGGCUCAGCUUCACGUGCCGAUACAUUCCGCUCGGAAUUCUUGAGCAUCUCCCUGCCAAGAUCAACGACCGCCCGCCAGCAUAUCGCGGCCGCAACGAUCUCGAGACUCUCCUGUCCAGCAAUGACUACAGAGACUGGAUCAAGAUCAGUGAGAUGUUCCUGGGCCCGGCACACCCGAGCUUCAAUUUCCAGCCGAAGCACAAGUCCAGCAGCUAUGACACGAUUGAGGCUGAGGGUUAGGUUUCUAGAGAGGACGAAGUCUGGGGAAUGUCUAGAAUAGUAGCGUGCCCCAAAUUGAGGAUGUCCUGGCUGAGUAGUUUGUGCAUAGAUCCACCCACCACUGCUCCUUCUAGCGCGCGCACAGUACCAUGACGGAAUACACCCGCCCGCGAGGGGCAUGUGAAGCGAUCGUCAUCUGCACGUUAAUAGGUGCUGGGCCUGGGUUAGCUGUCCAAGAGGAGCAAUUGGUCCUGUG